AUGACUAUGAGUGAACUCGUGCCAGCGUUCACAAAUCUACUAAAGGAUCCAGAAGGCGAAGUUCGUGGAGCAGCUGCGCAGAAACUCAACAGUAUUCAUCGUCGUUUUUAUUUUGAUAAUUAUGCUUUAUUCACCAAAUGUGUCAUUGCAUUUGCAGCUUUCUGCGCCAAGCUGAAGAAGAGUGCCAGAGAAGGAGCGAUUUUGAACAACAUCCUCCCCGUUGUGAAGGAUUUGGUCAUCGAUCCUAAUCAGCAUGUGAAAACUGAACUUGCUGGAGUAAUUAUGGGGCUGGCUCCACUCGUAGGAAAAGAAAAUACGAUCUCGCAACUUCUUCCGAUCUAUAUGCAGUUGUUGAAAGAUAGCACAGCAGAAGUUCGUCUCAACAUCAUCAGCAGCCUUGAUAAGGUGAAUGAUGUGAUUGGAGCUUCCCAACUUUCGCAGUCACUUCUACCAGCCAUUGUUGAACUUGCGGAAGAUGGCAAAUGGCGUGUUAGACUCGCUAUCGUCCAAUUCAUGCCUCUGCUUGCUGCACAGUUGGGUCAAGAAUUCUUCGACGAAAAGAUGCUUCCACUGUGCUUGAACUGGCUUUGCGAUCAUGGUAAACUUCUGUUGGAGUUGCUUUUUACGUAUAUGGACUUGAAGUAUUGUUUAUAG